UGCAGCAAUAAUAAUAUGUGGGAACCCACACGCAACCCCUUUCUCUUUCCCCGUGGACCGUACCGCACCCGAUUUAUUUCAUGCAAUCCAUUCCCUUCUUAAUCAUAUGGAAGGCUCCUCUCUCCCUACCAUUCCAUAACGUCUUCUGCUUCUUCGAAGAAGGCCCUUCUCUUUGCGCGUGUCCCGUUCUCUUCUCCAAUUUUCCUCCAUCCCCACUGUGUGAUUGGUUUGAAUAUAGUGUGUUCAUAUACUCAUGAGUACCAUGGAGGUUAAGCUCUGGAAUGACAAGCGCGAGAGAGAAAUGUUUGAUAACUUUGCCGAGCUUUAUGCCAUCAUUAAGGCCACCGAGAGGCUUGAGAAAGCAUAUGUUAGAGACAUAAUCUCACCCCAGGAAUAUGAGUUGGAGUGCCAGAAGCUCAUUGCUCAUUUCAAAACCUUAGCUUCCACCCUUAAAGACACUGUGCCUAGCAUUGAGCGGUUUGCAGACACUUAUAAGAUGGAAUGCCCGGCUGCACUUAACCGCCUUGUGGUGUCUGGUGUGCCUGCUACCGUGGAGCAUCGCUCGACUGCGGCUGCCUCUGCUUCCACUUCGGCUGCUGCUGUGGCUGAGUGUGUGCAGAAUUUUAUUACAUCAAUGGAUUCCUUGAAACUUAACAUGGUGGCUGUGGAUCAGGUGCAUCCAUUGCUCUCGGACCUUUAUGCUUCACUCAAUAAGUUGACAAUCCUGCCGCCCGAUUUUGAGGGUAAAACCAAAAUGAAAGAAUGGAUUGCAAGGUUAUCUAAGAUGGGUGCAGCUGAUGAAUUGACAGAACAACAGGCGCGGCAGCUUCACUUUGAUCUUGAGUCUUCUUACAAUUCCUUUAUGGCAGCCCUACCCAAUGCUGGUACAUGAUUGAGUGGCCAGCGUGCUUGUACAUUAAAUCAGAAUUUCCCUCCUCUUUUUUUUGUAUUUGCUUUGGUUAUUAAUCUUGUUGAUUGGAGGAAAGGAAUUUUCUAUUUGGUUACAGCUUAUACAUUUUUAAUGCUGGCUCCUUGGAUAUUUACUAAUGAUGGCUUUAUGCUGAUCAUUGAUGUUUCAUUUUAUAUUGUGGACUAGUUUCCAGCUUUUGUUUUCUUACCUGCAGUUGAUUGUUUGGGUUUGAUUUGAGUUUCUAUGCCCUCCUAGCAGGGGUGGAAUCUCACAUAAACUCGAUUGUUGAGUUUACAGCUGUAUUAUCUUUGUCUUUGUACCUAUAGAUGUGUUUCAGAACUACCCCUAAUCUAUAUCAUACAAAGGUAUAUCUUUCAAAAAAUUGACAUGAUUGAUAGCUUUUGAUGUGCAUGAACUAUGCUUAUCAUAAGUAGUUAUGCAAUUAUUGGGUGGAGAUGCGAGGAAUCAGGGAAGAGGGUAAACUAAUAGGUGAAAAAUGAGAAAGGUUGUUUGAAUGUGUUCCAUAUGGGGGAUAAAAAAAGGAAAGACCUGUGUCUUUUCGUUUCUCCUCUAGUAUGUGGAGGAAUGCAGCUUGGAAGAUACAUUUCCAUGUUUUGUGGUGAGAAACCACUAGAAAUUGUGCAGAGUCCAUUGUAAAAGUCGAUUAACUAUGACUUUUUAUUCUUUUU